AUGCAGAAAGUUUUUCGAAGGUUUCAUCAAACUUCGGUGGAUUUGAAAGAAGUGAGUGGUUUUUGGGAGGAAAAUUUGGGGAAAUCUGGAAAAUUUGAGCUGGAAUUUGAAAAAUUUCAGAUUUCUCUGGUUGAAAAAAAUCAUUUUUUGUUGAAUUUUGAAAAUUUCUCUUCAAAUUCUGAAAUUUCAGCUAAAAAUGAGAAAUCUUCAGGAAAAACUAAUUUUUUUGUUGAAAGUUUAAAUUUUCAAUAAUUUUUAAUUGAAAUUUUGCCCAACAUCUAGUUUCAGCCAAUUUUCAGAUCAAAAUUUUGAAAAAAAAAAUUUUAUUUGAAAAAAUUCAGAAUUUUUCUUGGAAAUUCAAAAUUUCUCUGAACAUUUGGAAAUUUCAGCUAAAAUUGAGCAAUUGUCAGGAAAAACUAGAAUUUCUAUAAUUUUUUUGUUUAAAAAAAUAAAAUUCAAAAAAUUUCAGAUUGUUUCAUCCAAAAAUCGGAAAAUUCUGAUUUUUUUUUCAGAAUUUUCUCUUCAAAUUCUGAAAUUUCAGCAAAAAUCUAGAAUUUCUAUAAUUUUUUUUGUUGAAAAUUCAAAUUUUCAAUUGAAAUUCUGUCAAAUAUCUAGUUUCAGCCAAUUUUCAGAUCAAAAUUUUGAAUAAAAAACUUUAAUCAAAAUAAAUUCAGAAUUUUUCUUGGAAAUCUAAAAUGUUUUGAAAAAAUGGAAAUUUUUCUUCGAAUUCUGAAAUUUCAGCUAAAAAUGAUUAACUUUUUGUUGAAAAUUUAAAUUUUCAAUAAUUUUUAACUGAAAAUUUUGCCAAAUAAUUAGUUUCAGCCAAUUUCUUCAAAAAAAUUCAGAAUUUUUCUUGGAAAUUCAAAUUGUUUUGAAAAAUUUCAAAUUCUGAAAUUUCAGCUUAACAUGAGUAAUCUUUAAAGAAAAUCUAGAAUUUCUAUAAUUUUUUUGUUGAAAAGUGAAAUUUUCAAUAAUUUUCAAUUGAAAUUUUGCCAAAUAACCUGGUUUCAAGUAAUUUUCAGAUCAAAAUUUUGAAAAAAAAAUUUUAGUCUAUAAUUUCUAUAAUUUUUUUGUUGAAAAAAAUAAAAUUCAAAAUAAAUAGCAAAAAUCAGCAAAUUUUUGAAACAGUAAAAAAUUAUUUUGAAUUUUUAAUUAAAAAUUUUGCAAAAUAUCUAGUUUCAGCUAAUUUUCAGCCAAUUUCAGAUUGCAAACUUUGGAAAAUUAUCUACAGAAUGGGCCGAUGAAUUGGGUCCAUUUCAGGCUCUCCACUCAUUGAAUCGACUCCGAGUUCCAUGGAUUGUGCAAAAUUUAAAGGGACAGGUGGGAAUUUUUGAAAAAAUCAUGAAAAAUGAGCUGAAAAUUGAAUUUCGUUCAAAAAAUCUGAAUGUUAGAAAAAAAAACAUCCAGAAUUUUCUAUGUUUCAAAUAUUUGAUAUAAAUAAAUUUGAGAAUACCAAUUUGUUCAAUAUAUGUAUUGGAAUUGAACAUUUCAUGAAAAAUGAGCCAGAAAAAGGCAUAUUUUCAUCACAAAAAUCACAAAUUUUUGCAGAAAUCUCCAAAAUUGGUGGAUGUUGGAAGUGGCGGAGGACUUUUAUCGAUUCCAUUAGCUAGAUCUGGAAUUCAAGUGACUGGAAUUGAUGCAACCAAAGAAGCUGUGAGUUUUUCCGGGAAAUUUGAAUUUUAAGCACGAAAAUUACCCUAAAACCUAUAUUUUUUAGUAAAAGUUAAAUAACAAAUAAAUUUUAACGAAAAUGGGCGGAGCCUAAUAUACAUGCAUACAUGUAUAGGUAGACAACAGAUAUAUACAUGAAAGAUGCGUUUCUCUGCGCUCUGCCUAUACCUUUAUAUUAGGCUCCCCCACUUUCGUUAAAAUUUCUUUGUUCUGUAAAAGCGUGUUAUUUUUUGACCCGAAUUCAAAAAAUGUUCAGGUUGAAGCUGCCACAAAAUCGCUGAAAUCAAAACCGCUGAAAUUGACUGGUGUCUCACAAAAUUGCCGAUUUUUGCACACAACUGUUGAGGAAUUCAGUGCGAAACCCGAAAAUCGAGAAAGUAGGCGGAUUUUUGGGGGGAAAAGUCAUUUUUAGCUUUAAAAAUGGACCUAGACUGAAUUAUCCACUGAAAAAUUGAUUUUGAGCGAUUUUUUGUGCCAAAAAUUACCUGAGACUUGCUUUUUUCUCAAAAUUAUAAGAUUUUCUGAAUACUUCAAUAAUAAAUUCAAAUUGUUCACCAUAAAGCGAAAAAUUACCAAAAGUAUAGAUUUUUCACAUGAAAAAUUCAAUUUCUGGCUGGAAAAUUCAAAUUUGAAGCUCAAAUUGAACCUUGGCACAUUUUUGGCCCCAAAAAACCUAAAAAAUCCAAUUUUUCAUCAAAGAAAAGUUCAAAGCUCGAAUUUUCAGCAAAAAUAAGCCUAUGAGUGUGAUUUUUUCUGAAAAUCUGAAUUUUCUAUCAGAAAUUUGAAUUUUUUCAAUUUUCAGCUAGAAAAUUUAAAUUAGGAGCUCAAAAUUAGCUCUAUCUCUAUUUUUAGCGCUAAAAAUCAUCCGAAAUCCAAUUUUUCAUCGAAGAAAAAUUCAAAUUUCGAAUUUUCAUCAAAAAUAAGCCUAUAUAUAUGAUUUUUCCUGAAAAUCUCAAUUUACAAGCAGAAAUUUUAAAUUUUUUCAAUUUUUUAGUUAGAAAAUUUAAAUUUGGAGCUCAAAAUCUUCAACAAAUUCAAAUUUUUACUAUAAAAAUCACCCUAAAUCCAAUUUUUAACCAGAAAAUUCAAACUUCGCUCCAAAAAUACCUUCCCCUCCAUAUUUUUCCCCUCAUUUUUCUUGCCCUAAUUAAAUUUUCGCCCCAUUUUUAUUUUUCUCUGCAGCCGGCCUUCUGCUGCUCUCACAAAUUAUCGAUUUUUUUUGUUGGGGAGCCCCUCUCGGCGCCAGCUCCGAGAGCUCCCAAAAAGGACACUUUUUGUUAUUUUUCUCUCUCUCUCUCUAUGUAGUUAGAGAGUUAGAGAAAGUGAGAGACGCAGAGACGAAUUGGGGUGUUCAGCUAUUUAACCAGCCACAGGUUUGUUGUAAACAAAUAUUUGUUUUUUCGAGGUUUGUAGCAAUUUUUUGAUAGAAAUUUGGGAUUUUCGACCAAAAAUCUGGAAAUUUUCAGAUUUUUUGAGCUAGAAAUCGAUUUCCAGCUCGAAAUUUGACCUGAAAUCAAUUUUUUUGAAUUGAAAAUUCAUUUUCAGACCGAUUUUCAGCCUAGAAAUCGAUUUCCAGCGCUAAUUUCAACCUAAAAUUAAUUUUUAAAUCAAUUUUUUUGCUAUGACGUGGCACAAAAAAUGCAUCCCAAUUUUUUUGAAUCAGCAAAAGUUUCGUAAUUUUUUUGUUAGAAAAUCUGGAAAAAUUUCAGAUUUUUUGAGCUAGAAAUCGAUUUUCAGCGCUAAUUUUAACCUAAAAUUAAUUUUCAGACCAAUUUUCAGCCUAGAAAUCGAUUUUCAGCACCAUUUUCUGCCUUAAAAUUACAAAUUUCUAAAAUUUGCAACAAUUUCAUAAUCUUGUUUUCAUCUCCUUCAAAUCAUGUGAUUUAUGACGUGGCUAAUUUUUUUUAUUUUUCUCAUUUUCUGAUGAUUUUUGGCUGAAAAUAGCUGAAAAUCCUAAAUUUUCAACUUUUGACCGGUUUUUGAGCCAUGACGUGGCUUUUUUUCAGAAAUAGGCUUUUCCAAUAAUUUCAGGCUGAAAAUAGGCACAGAAUAUUCGUUUCGAAAUAGUUUUUGAUCUACCCGGGCGUUGUAAUUCUUGAUGUUUUUUUUGUGGAAAAAAUCGAUUUUUUCAUUUUUUUUUCAGCAAUUUUCAGUCAUUUCCCUUUGAAAAUAGGCUUAAAAUCCCAAUUUUCAGUCAAUUUCUAGCGCAAAAAUCGAUUUUUAGCACAUUCCCCUCUGUAAAUAGGCUCUAAAUGCUCCUAAUUUCCAUUUUCAGCCAAUUUCCAGCUCAAAAAUCGAUUUUCAGCACAAUUUCCCCCGUUCUCAUCUUCCCCGUUCCUCAUCGAUUUCUCUGCGUCUCUCUCCUCUCCUCACGCACUCUCUCUUUCCUUGUUGUUUUCUCUCGUCGUCUCGCCACACUCUCUCCCUUUUUUGUCAUCCUUUUUCCGCCGGCCAAAAAACUGGCCUCAUUUCGAUUUUUCUGUGUGUUGUUUUCCUUUGCUUGCUGUCUCUCUCGCGCAGUUUUUUUUCGCUACUGCUGCUGACGUGGUUUUUUUUGCGGCGCUCUGCUGAAAAUCGACUCUGAAAUUAUCGAUUUUUCGAGGGGAAAAGAGUUUUCUACCGGGUUUUUGAGCCUAGUUUCAGGCUGAAAAUGUAAGAAUUUUCCUCGAAAAUAUCGAUUUUUCUCAAAGAAUUUCGCAACUUCAACCGAAAAAUCCACAUUUUUCAAGCUUUCUAGGCCAAGAAACUUAAAAAAGUGGAUCUCUAGGCGGUAGUCCUAGACAAUCAUGUUCUCUAGGCGCGGCUUCUUGACGACAAGGCUUUCUCGGCGCGGCUACUUGCCACAGAAGAUUCCAAGGCUCGGCUCCUUGUUACAAUGGAUCUCUAGGCGCGCCUCCUUGUCACAAUGAAUCUCUAGGCUCUGCUCCUAGACAGUUAGAUUUUCUAGGCUCGGCUACUUGACCGCAAAAUCCUAUUUUAUGGUUCAAAAUCAGAAUUUUAAGCCUAACCAUUUUUUUCAUGCUGAAAUUAUUGAUUUUUCAAUUUUUUUUGUAAAAUUUCACAAUCAAAUUAUCGAUUUCUGAGUUAGCCUAAAUUCUUUUUUAUUUCCCCAACAAAUUAUUUUUGAUCUACCCCGCUCUAAUCCGACAAUCCUUCUUCUCCCCAUUUUUUUCAAAAAAAAAAUCGAUUUUUUUUGCAGAAUUCGAUGCAGUCGUCGCGUCGGAAAUUGUGGAACACGUGGCAGAUUUGGCGGGUUUUGUGAAGAGUUUGGCGGAUUUGGCACGACCUGGCGCUCCGAUUUUCUUGACCACAAUCAAUCGAACGUUGGCGAGUAAGGUGGCGGCGAUUUGGUUGGCUGAGGUGAGUCGGAAAUGCGUCAGUAAAGGUUGUUGACGCAUUUUUUGUAGCUCGAAAUUUGGAGCAUUUUGAGACUUAAUAUGAUAGGGUACCAAAAAUGCGUCAGUAAAGUUUGCUUGCGCAUUUUUUGUAGCUUCAAAAAUUACAGUAAAGAUGUGUAUUAAUACUAAAACACACAGAUUUCAAUGAAUUUUGCACUAAAAAUGCGCCAGCGAAAUUCCUUGACGUAUUUUUUGUAACCCAGCCUUGUUUGGGUUCAAAAUCCUCCAAAAUUCACGAUUUUUGAGCCAAGGAGCUUUUUGCUGGCCUAACUUUCAUCAUUUUGUCUACAAAAAAUGCGUCAGCAAACAAUUUGACACAUUUUCUGUAGCCUAGCCUUAUUUGGUUUCAAAAUGCUUCAAAUUUCAGAAUUUUUAAGCCAAGGAGCUUUUCACUGGCGCAUUUUUUCUACCCAUACUCAAAAUAGACUAUUUUCAAUUCCAGGACUUGCUGCGACUCGUCCCACCCGGUGUCCAUGAUUGGAACAAAUUCCCAACACCCGCCGAACUCGAAACCCAUCUAAAAUCGGCAAAUUGCCAAGUUUCCGCAAUUUCCGGCCUAUUUUUCCAUCCAAUUGGAAAUCAUUGGACAUGGAUCGAUUCGAAUUUGUGUAAUUAUGCAAUUUUGGCGCAUAAACUAUAG